AUGGAGGCAGUCAAGCGCUUCUUCUCGUCUCCCCGAUUCGCCGUCGCUGGAGCCAGCAAUGACUCUCACAAGUUUGGCUACAAACUUCUCGCCUGGUACCAUCAACACUCACUGCCAGUGACUCCUCUGAAUCCGCGGUCUCCAAGUAUUCAGCUGUCGCCCGCGCAUUCCUAUGACACCGUCGCAUCGCCGCGGCUGCUGUCCUCCCCUUCACAGACUUCGUUAUCUGUGGUGACUCCCCCGGCAGUUACUCUUCCUCUACUCCAGGAGGCUCACUCGGUCGGCAUUCCGGCUGUUUGGUUGCAGCCAGGGACCUUUGACAAUGCGGUACUGGACUUUGCGCGAUCGCACUUUGAAGCGGUGAUAGCCGGUGAUGGCGGUCGCGGAUCGGAGGGAUGCGGUCUUGAUCUCGUCGGUGCUCCGUCUCCUCUCUUCCAGGUUCCACCAACGCCUUCAGCCUCGUCCGCUCUAUAUCGCUCAAUAUCUGUUUCCCAGCGCAAAAGAUGUCGCCCAGAGCUGGAGCGUGGUCGACGAGUGAGUGUGCGCCAAACGCCGCCUCAUCGUCCGCCACCAUUAGUGAAUGACUUCUUCGCCGACCUCGACGAGUCCUAUGAUCACGAGGACCAUGAUUUUCACCGUCCCAGUCGCUAUCGUAACUACCCACAAGCGUCUCUCGACGCAAGCCUUACAGACUCCGGCAAGGAACCUGAUGACUUUCGUCGCAAACGGUGUCGUCUAGAGGACCCUUCCCUAGUCAUUGCUGCAUCACCUUCUGGUAUAGACGAAAAGGCCACGGCUCCCGAGCAAAUGCCGACCGAAGCUAGGCCGGUGCGCUGGAGCCGCGCUGUCCUGAACGUGGUGGGAAAAGUUUGGGAUUUUUGUUGGUCUGGGCCUUUUCGCGGAUUCUAUGCUGGUGGCGGUCGAGGGUAUCCGCUUGACCCUCCAAGCCCUCCUUCUGAAGAAACUCAACAAGGCUACACACCCGCAUUCUAUGCUCCCCGACCUUCAUCUUCUUCGACACUUCCUCCAGCCACCGAGAAAAGCAUAGUCUCUGUACCGGGCGAGUAUCCGCUCGAGACCAGAGAGGACGUACUCCACGGGAACUGGGUCAUGGUUUCCCCAAGCGAAGCUGCCGACAGUUACAACAGCCCAUCUACUCGGCCCCGUUCGCGAAAAUGCCAUGUGCCUCGUAAUCGGGUGGUCCAUCGGCGGACGCCAUCUAAACGAUCACUUGUACCCCAUCCUACUUCGACGUUUUCGGCCCCUGCAAAGCCGCACGAAAGCCCAGUCUCGGUGGAAACACAGCGCUACCUUGCAAAACAACGGCGAAUGGAACGCGAAGAGGACGCCAGCUUGCAACGCUUGAAUCGUCAGCUACAAGCCAUGAUCCAGGAAGGAAAGCAGGCGCUUGGGACGCGCGUGGAGAUCGACGAUAUGGACAUGGAAGACUGA